GACACUCUCCUUUGCCUCCCUCCCUCGCCCUCUUUGGGUGCCUUGGCACCAAGAUGGAGGAAGCAUGUGAUGAUAUAGAUCAGAUGUUCAGCAACCUACUGGGGGAAAUGGAUUUGCUGACCCAGAGUCUGGGAAUGGAAACUGUCCCACCACCACCUAGGAAAGAAUCUAAUGAUGAAUUUAAUUUUGCAGUUGGAUUUAAAGAUUUAAAUGAAUCUUUAAAUGCUUUGGAAGAUACUGAUUUGGAUGCUUUAAUGGCUGAUCUUGUAGCAAAUAUAAGUGAAGUAGAAAAGUCCACACUCCAUGGACAAAAGGAUGUGCCCAGCAACCACCAAAGUGUUGUGAAUCAACCUCCAGCAAAUUCUGCUGCCACUUACGGAUAUCAGUCAGACCUUCCAAAUAUUUCUGCUGCAUGUGUUGAGGAUGAUUUGCCACCUCCCCCUGCGGAACUAACCUUUGAUCUUCCACCCCCACCUUCACCGUCAGAACUGGCUCCUGAACCACUCACUCAGGAAGAGCAAGAAGCACAAGCAAAAGCUGACAAGAUUAAACUUGCACUAGAAAAACUGAAGGAAGCUAAAGUUAAAAAGCUUGUUGUCAAGGUGCACAUGAAUGAUAACAGCACAAAGUCUCUGAUGGUGGAUGAACGGCAAGUGGCACGUGAUGUCUUGGACAAUCUCUUUGAAAAGACCCACUGUAAUUGCAGUAUUGACUGGUGCCUUUAUGAAAUAUACCCAGAGCUACAAAUUGAAAGAUUUUUUGAAGAUCAUGAAAAUGUGGUUGGUGUCUUAUCUGACUGGACUCGGGACACUGAAAAUAAGAUCCUGUUUUUGGAGAAAAAUGAAAAAUAUGCUGUGUUUAAAAAUCCUCAGAACUUCUACUUGGCAAACAAAGGAAAAAAUGAAUUCAAAGAAAUGAACGAGAAAAGCAAAGAAACUUUACUGGAGGAAAGCUUCUGCGGCACAUCUGUCAUUGUACCAGAGGUUGAAGGCCCCCUUUAUUUAAAAGAAGAUGGCAAGAAGUCCUGGAAGAGGCGUUAUUUUCUUUUGCGAGCUUCUGGAAUUUAUUAUGUACCCAAAGGAAAGACCAAGACAUCUCGGGAUUUGGCUUGCUUCAUCCAGUUUGAGAAUGUAAAUGUUUAUUAUGGUAUUCAGUACAAGGUGAAAUACAAGGCACCAACAGACUACUGUUUUGUCUUAAAGCAUCCCCAGAUACAGAAGGAGUCACAGUACAUCAAAUACUUGUGCUGUGAUGACCGGCAAACGCUGCAUCAGUGGGUAACUGGCAUAAGAAUUGCAAAGUAUGGCAAGACACUGUAUGACAACUAUAUUUGUGCAGUGCAGAAGACUGGCUUGGCUGCUCGACUGGCAAAGCCCGGAAAUGCUGAAUCGUCUAUGGGAUCAUCUUUAAAAGGUAGCAUUCAGGCAAAUGGACAGGUGCCCCAAAACAUAACUCCAACUAUGGCAGCCUCUUCAGCAAAUGGGAAAGCUGCUGAAAUACCAAAGGUUAAGAAACCUGACAGUGUCACAGAUGCCAAGCAGUCAUCACCUACAAUGCCACCGUUCAGACAACGUAAACCUGGUGGGUUACAUCCACCACCGCCUCCUCAAAGACGAUCUUCUGCAGUGACGUCUUCAUUGCAUGUACCUACUGAUAUUGAGAGGAAAAAUACAACCCUUCUGAUUUCUGAUCCAGAAUUUCCACCACCGCCUGAAUUGAUGCCACCACCCCCUGAUCUGCCUCCACCACCUCCACCUGAAUGCUACGAAGCUCCUCCUGAUUUUAUUCCUCCUCCUCCACCGUCCUUUGCUGCUGGCACUCCAGAGGUACUGCCACCACCUCCUCCCUCAUUCUCUGCCCCUGGUAUGCCUCCACCAGUCAGAAAAAAGCCUCCCCCUCCCCCUCGAAGGCAAGAAGAAAAUGAUGGGCAGACAGGAAGGCCAAAACAAAGUGGAACACUGCCAAGGGGAGAUGAAGUUGGACAAGGAGGAGAUUUCAUGUCUGAUCUAAUGAAGGCAUUAGAAAAGAAAAGGAAUGAAACAUCAUGAAGCAAAUAGUUUAAAUACUUGGGUGUGAGGUCAUAGAGAGGAUGCUCUGGAGAACUUGUCUUGAGCACUUCCUGGUGGUGUAAAGGGUACGUGGUAGAGAAUGUCAUUUCAGUGCAGCCUGAGGUAAGAUAGGGCCCUUUGCCAAGGACUGUUUGAAACAUGGUCUUCCAGUGUUCCAGGCUCAAUGCCACAGAGCAAAGUAUAAGCAUGGGAAGUCUGCUGGCAGAUUCCACAGGGAUAUAAGUCCGGAUGUACCCUUUUGUUUCCCAUAUUUGAAUAAAUAGUGGAAAAUACUGCCCAACACUAUGGCUUGAUCAUAAUGUAUCACACCUGAUUUCUUAUUUUGAAAUGAGGAACUCUCAACCAGUGUGAAUAUUUCCAGUAAUAUCUGGUUUAAUGGUAAGGCUAAAGUUUCUGGAAAUCAAUCCCCGUUCUUCCUCUGCCAUGUAACAACUUAGAAAUUGUUUCAACUAACUCAUAAAAAUGUUUGAAGUAUUAUA